AUGUCGGAGCGGGCAGCUCCUCCGGGCCCCUCCGGCGCUGGUCCUGUGUCAGCCGCCGAGAGCCGCGCAGACGGGCGCGAGACGAGCGUGGGGUUACUUCGGCCCUCCGUGCGCCCCGAGUGGGCGCCGCCGCCGCUGCCGCCGCCGCCGCCGCCGCCGCACUCCCGGCAGCUGCUGCUCCAGCUGAACGCGCAGCGCGCCAAGGGCUUCCUGUGCGACGUGAUCGUGGUGGUGCAGAACGCGCUGUUCCGCGCGCACAAGAACGUGCUGGCGGCCAGCAGCGCCUACCUCAAGGCCCUGGUGGUGCACGACAACCUCAUCAGCCUGGACCAGGAGAUGGUCAGUCCCGCCGUCUUCCGCGCCGUGCUCGACUUCAUCUACACCGGCCGCCUGGGCCCGGCCGAGCACGAGCCCGAGCCCGGCGUGGGCGAGGCGGGCGAGCCCGGCGUGGGCGCCGUCCUGGCCGCCGCCAGCUACCUGCAGAUCCCGGACUUGGUGGCGCUGUGCAAGAAGCGCCUGAAGCGCUCGGGGAAGUACUGCCCGCUGCGCGGCGGGUACUCGCCCUUCGGCAAGCUGGCCCGCGGCCUGCGCGCCGCCACGCCCGUCAUCCAGAGCUGCUACGGCGCGCCGCCGCCCGGGCCGCCGCCGCCGCCGCCGCCGCCGCGCGCCGUCGAGCCGGGCAGCUCGCUGGCCACGCACUGCGGGGAGCUGUUCACGGCCGCGCUGCACCCGCACGGCCUGUGCCCGCCCGAGCGCCUCUGCUCGCCGCUCUGCGGCCUCGACCUCU